AUGUUGACUAAGACUGUGAAUGCUACUAGAACAGAUUGGGCAAGGAAAUUAGAUGAUGCACUUUGGGCUUAUCGAAUCGCUUUCAAAAAUCCAAUCGGUAGAGUAACAAAGUUACACGAGCUUGAUGAGUUCAGAUAUCAUGCUUUUGAGAGCACGAGAUUAUACAAGGAGAAAAUGAAGAUGAUACAUGAUAGAAAUAUUAUUGAGCGGAAUUUUAAAACUGAAGAUACGGUGUUGCUAUACAACUCAAGAUUAAGGUUAUUUUCGGGCAAAUUGAAAUCACGAUGGUCAGGGCCUUUUUGUGUGGUUGAAAUUCACCCCACAGGUGCCGUACAGAUUGCUGCGAAUAAUGACUCUCGCACGUUCAGAGUCAACGACACAGAUUAA